AUGUAUAAUCACAGAAUUUAUUUCUUGCCCAUCUUUACAUUGAUACUUAACCUUAAGUUUAUAAACAAUGCUCUGGCUUGCCCAUUUAAUACAUAUCAAGAAGCUAUAAUGAGUAGUAGUAGCUAAACAUGGAUGAAAUCCUUAGGUAACGACGAUACAUCAAAUGAAGAUGUAUUUAUAUUUGGAUUUUGGACCUUCAAUAUUCCUUUGCUUUUACAAACUAAUAAUGUAAAUGUUGGUGAAGAAUUUAAAAUUAAUGAACCUUAGACUGGAGAAUUCCUCUUUCUACUAAAAAAUACUGAAGCAAAUGACAAUUUAAUUGUUUGCUAUAAGUUUUUUGAUUAUGUUUAAUAAAAAGUGUAACAUAUAUUUCUGUUAAGAAAUGGCGUAGAAAAUUUUAAAUUCAUUUUUGAUUUCAAUUCAUUACAGUAUGAAGGAAUAUGGGUGUUUCACUUAGUGGCUUUUGAGAAUUAAUAAAAAAAAGUGAUGGUGAAAGUAAAUUAAUAGGAUGCAUAAUCAGCUGAUUUUAGUUUUUAAAACCAAUUAAAUUUAGAAAUUAUAAUUGGCGGAAGAGGAUAUGUAAUUAAUUGUAAAUAUAUAGAUCAACGAUUUAAAUCUUAACUAUUUUAAAGGAAUAUAAAGUAAAUUAAUAAUCAAAUCUUCAUUUCACUAUUCAAAUGAUGUUGUUUAAGAAUUAAUGAAUGAAUGUUAAAUUCCUUAAAAAACAGGACUUGAAUAGACCAUUAAAAUUGUAUAAGGAUUAAAGUUAUUUGAAGGAAACCAAGUUAUAUAGAUGCUAAUUGAUCAAUAUGGAAAUAAAUAUUGCCUAUAAGGGUGGGUUAAAUAUACAUUGUCAAAUGCAAGUGCUGUAAAAUACACAUUAUUGAAGUUAAAGGGGAUUUCUAACUUUGAAUAAGAGAAAACUAUAGGAGAUGAAUUAUUCAAAGUGGAUGUAUUUAUCUCAUAAAAUACCCCAGGAUAAACCUAUAUGAUGGUGAAUGCUGAUGCAUAUGGUAUGCCAGUUUAAUAAUCAUUUUAAUCUCAAUAUGAUUUAAUUUUUUAAGGAUCAUAAAAUCCUGACUAUAGUGUAUUGUAGACAAAAAAAAAGUACUAAGAUCUCAAUACAUAGCUUUAUUUUAAAGGAUUAUAAGAAUGGCAUUUCAUUUAGUAUGAGUAUGGAAGGAGCAACUUUGAUGAAAGAAUGUUAUUAAUAAUUAAAUUUUCAAAUGAAUUAGGACUUUUAAAGGAUAAUUUAGGAAAUGAAAUUUUUAGUGGUUCAUUUACUAAUUCUAAAUUUAAUCUAUUUUUUGGUGGAGAUAACUUAAAUAAUGUUUUGAAUAAUAACUUUCUGAAUGCUCAAAUUUAUGAUUUUAAGAUGUCUUACAAUUAUAAUGAAGAUAAGCUGUUUAAUGUAGAUUGCCAUUAAGCAUGUUUGACUUGCUUUGGACCGUUAGAAUAAAAUUGCUUAACUUGUGAUCCUAAUUCAAAUAGGUAUUAUUAGGAUGAAGUAAAAAUGUGCGUAUGUUUUUCUGGUUAUGUGGAUGAGGGUAAUGUUAAAUGCGAGAAUUAAUUUUACUUUUCAAUAGUUCAAGAAGAGGUUGCAAUAGAUUUAGAAGACUAAUGUCCUUUUGGAUAUUUUAUGUUACCUGAUGAAAUAGGAAAUCAUUAUGAUUGCUUAGAAUGGUAUGAUUAUUAUUUAAUGUAGUCCAUCUUUGAAGAGAACUACAUCAAUUUAAUGCGUUGAUUGUUUGUUUUAUCCAAAAAUAUGGUAUCUAAAUCCAGUGUGUAAAUAAGAUUAUCAAUAAAUGUUUUAAAAAUAUGAUGAUGAAACCUUAAUCCUUAUAUAGAGGGUAUCUGCUUAAAAAGAUGUUUAUCUAAUUGGUAAUGAUAAACAGAUACAUUUAUAUACAGAAUACGAGGAUUAUUGUUCGUAUUCUAUAAGCAUAAACAGUUACUGUCAUAAAACAGCUCAUUACCAUCUUGGGUCUUAAGCUACUUUAAAAUGCAAAUAUAAUUAUUUAUUUGAUAUGGAUAAUUUAUUGUGUUUGAAAAGUGAUUAUAUUUGUAAGACAUAUGAUAUUUUUGGAUAUUGUAUUGAUUGUCCAUCUGGCAUGUACUUAAUUUUUUACUAUUGUUCUUCAUGUCCUAAAUCUUGCACUUCAUGUUAAAGAGAUCAACUAAAUCGAUUGAUGUGUUAAACUUGUAUAGAAUAAUAUACUAUAAAAAAUGGUGCGUGUAUUAAAUGUGGCAGUGAUUGUUAAAUUUGUCAAGAUACUUAUGAUCAUAAUUUGGGAUAAAGUUAUUUGAAAUGUUUGAAAUGCAUUGAUGAUUUUAAAUACUUAUUUUCUCUUGAUGGUAUUAAUUGCAUAUUAAAUGAUAUUCUUCAUUGUGAGCAUGCAUUUUAAACAUUAGAUGAUGAUUAUACUAUAAACUCUCUUGAUACCAAUUUCACACCAUAGUUUGAUUAAAGUAAAUUUAAAUUAUUAUGUGCUAAAUGUGAACCAAAUUAUUUAUUUGUUUUUCAAAGCUAAAAAUGCGCUAAUUAUGAGAAUACUGAAAAUUGUGAUACAGGGAUUGGAUAGUUUCGCAGUGAUCAGACCUUAGAAUUGGUAUCAUGUAUAAAGUCUGAUAAAUAUGAAAACUAAGUUGUUGAAUUUAUUGAAAAUUGCAGCAACAAGGUAAAUUAUUGUUAAGUUUGUCUUGAAACUAACAUCCAAAAUUAUUUUCUUUGUUUAGAAUGUCAAACUGGGUAUUAUGCAGAAUAAGUGUCUGGUUAGUGUAUUUAAUGUCCAUUUGAUCUUAAUUGUAUUUAAUGUUAUUAGCAAAAUUCUAUUUUACAAGAUCAUUGGAAAAAAGAUGUUAGAGCAUUUUAUAGAAAGUACAUUGAGCUAACAACUGCUCAUUACUUUACUCUAAAUGCUCAGAGUUAAAAUGUAAAUGAUUAUGAAUUGGUUUGUUAAGUGUGUUAAAAUGGAUAUAGAUUACAUAAAAAUAAAUGCAUUAAAAACUUUUCAGAUUCCUGUGUCGAAUCCUUAUUAAAAGAUGAUUAAUACUAUUGUGUAAAAUGCUAAAAAAAUUCAAAAGGAAGAAAAUAAUCUAUUAUCAAUAACGAAUGUAUUGAAUGCCCAGAAAAUUGCCAGUUAUGUAGGCAAAGGACAGACUAAGAGAUUAAAUCAAUAAAUCCAUUAUUCAACAAUUAGAAAUAUUAAAAGUAUACUAAUCAAUGCAUUAAGAGUUAUGAUGACUAAAAUUAUUUUUAUGAUUAAGAUUUAGGAUUAUAUAUAGAAUGUUAAUAAAGUCCAAAUGGAAAUGGAUGUUACAAAUAAUUAAUUAUUGAAUUAAAUUUAUAUUAGGAUUAAUUUCUUUUUUUUGAUGAUUUGAAUAAGUUAUAAGAUGAGGAGAGUAGAAUUGAAUUCAAAAAAAGAAACACUUAUCUCUAAAAUAUUAACUCAUUUGAUAAGUUAUUUAGUGAGGUAUUUAUGUAAAUGUUAUUUAGUUUGAAAAUGAUGAAUUCUACACUUUGGCCAAUAUGAAAUAAAUUAAAUCUAUAGUAAUAAAAGUAGUUAGUGUGAUAAAUAGCGAUGUUAGUAUUACUGGUAUUCUUAGUCAAAAAUUUUGUAAUAACAUUUUCUCAGUCAUGUAAAUUAUUAUUUAUUAAAGAAAGAAAUGUUGAGCUGAUUUUUGAAAUGCCUAUUGGAACGGUAAUUACUAUUAAAGAAUUAAUGUAGUUCAGUAAUUUCAACAAGAUUACACUAAUUAAUAUUACUAUAGAUAUUUGUGUUUCUUGUAAUUCUUAGAUAAACCUUAUUUUUGAAAGUGUAUUCCCAUAAAUUAUAACUUUCAAUUAAAUUACAAUCUAACAAAUAUACGAGCCAUGGUAUUUUGAUUACUUAAAAGUAUAAAUAAAAAAUCUACAAAACCUAUUUGCAAAUGGACUUAAACUGAUUUCAUUUGGUUAAACAAGUGUUGAUUAAUUUCUUACGAUAUCUGGAUCAAAUACUAUUAAAUCUAUUAUUUUCAAAGAUUUAUAAAUAAAAAACUGUUAAUUUUCGAAUUCGAUCAUAUUUCGUAUAGAAUUGUAAGAAAACGAUUUGAUUGAGUUUGAUAAAGUUACUGUACUAAAUUCAUAAUUCAAUAAUAUAACAUUUAUUUAAAUAGAUACUUUGACUCCAGCAGGCUACUUAUAAUUAAAAAACAUUGAAAUCAAAAGUGAAAUAUCCUAUAGCAAAAGUUUUUUUUCAUUACAAUCCUUUAAAGAAAUAGAAAUAACAAAUUUUAGUUUAAUGUAAACAGUCAUAAAUAGUUCAACAAUUCUAAUUCUGAACAAUCAUGCUUUAUUAAAUAAUAUACUUUUUCUAAGCAAUACUUUUAUAUAUAGUUGCUUUGGAAUUAUUAAUAUGAACUCAUUGUAGUAUAUGGAUUAUGACUACUAAUUUAAUAAUAUCUAAUUUGAAAACAAUAAUUAUAAUAGUGUCAUUAAAUUCAUUGAGUUCAACAAAUAUUAGAGUUCAAGUUAACGGGUUAAAAUUGAAGAAAUUAAGCUUACCAACAAUUAUUUAACAGAUGGAACGCUAGAAUAUAAUUAAUAACAGGAUGAUUCUUCUUUAGUUUUAAUUCAGUUUGAUGAGAUUUCGAUAAUGAACUUUUUCAUCGAUAGAGGCUUUGGAUUAGUUGAACUUUCAUUACAAGAAUCUAAGGUUAUAACUAUUAUAAAUGGAAAAAUUAUUUAAGAAAAAUUUUAGUUCUUGGGAUUGCAUAAGAACUUAAAUUGCCAAUUACAAUAAGUGAAAGGGCAAUUAUAUCCUUCCUCAAUAAAUAUUAGAUCUUUUUAGAAUGCUUCAUUUUAGAAUGUCUCAAUAAUCUAGGCUUCAGCAUACAAUUUUCCAAUUAUCAAGAUUCAAUCAGCCUUAUUGAGUCAAAGAAGAAUCUUGGAAUAUCUUGUUAUAGAGAAUAUCUUGUUUUAAUAAAAUUUACUACUAUUAACUAAAGCCUAACUUUCACCUUCUUUGAUUUAAAUUGAUUCUCUUUAAGAAAGUCUAAUCGAAUUCAAUAACUUAACAUUUCGACUUAAUGUUCUUCACGAAUAUAUUUAAGACGAUUUAAUAAAAUAAACUGGACUUUUAUUAAUUAAUUGUCCAAAUUGUUAAAUUAGAUUAUAGAAUUCGAUAUUCAAUAAUAAUAUUCUCAUGAAUAGUAGUGGUACUAUCUUAUCAAUAAUAACUAAAUCUUUAGAAUUAACCAAUUGUAGUUUCGAAAGUAACAAUAUAUUUAACUAUGAUGUCAUUAAACCGCAUUUAUUGUGGGGAUUUUCUCAACCCCUAACAUACAAAACAAUCAAUAAAGUCUUUUAAGUAAAAUCAUUGUCUGGAAAUGGAUAAAUUUGGGUUUAAUCAUUAAUUAUACUUAAUAGUAAUUUCUCUAAUUCAAUUGGAUAGUUAGGAGGCUGUUUCUCUAUAUUUGCUUAAGGAUCAUCUCGAAUGAUAAUUGAAAAUAAUUCAUUUUACAAUUUGUCGACCUAAUUUUAUUAAGAAAUUGAGCAAGGAGGAGUUCUUUAUAUAGAAGGUUCUUCUGCAACAGAUCUUUAAAUUUCAGUAAAAAACACAAUAGUUGAAAAUGUCUAUUGCAGAUAAUAUGGAGGAUUUCUGUAUCUAAAAUCUAAUAACUCUUAAACUAAUCUCACAAUAAGUGACAUUAUUUUAAGAGACAUUUAUGCAUAACAAGGAUCCAUUGUGUUCAUAUCCUAUUCGAGAUUCGUUGAAGAUAUAUAAGCAAUUUUCAUCUAAAAAUUGGAAAUCAAAAACACUAAAAAUGGCUAUUUCCAUUUUUUAAAUAAAUUUACAAUAGUUGCUAAUGAAUUUGAAAAAUACUUUGUUAUUAAUAAUAGAACAUUAUUUUAUGUAGAAUAUGGAUCCUCAAUUACAUUGUAAAAUAUAUCGUCAUAUUACUUAAUUCAAGAAUCCUUUCUAAAUUUCUAAAAUAGUAAAAAUAUUUAUAUGGAUACAAUAAACAUAUAAAAUAGUUAUCUCAGUAAUUAAUUAAUCUAAAUUAAUCCCUUUUUAUGUAUUAAUCUAAUCUAAAUUAAUAGAUAACAAUGUCACAAUAAGGUUACGUAACUUCAAAAUUGAGUUUAUCACUGUAGGAUUUGAAUUUAUAAAUGUGACUUGUACAAAUUCAACAUCUACUGUAUAAGAUGCUUUCUAUGAAUGCCCAAUAGUAGCUUAAAUAGCCCCUAAAUCUCUAGAACAGGAUGUUGAAAACAAUGAAUAGAUUGGAUAAUGUUUAUAUAUAUCAUUAAGGAAGCGAUUAGAUGUUUCUAAUUCAGGAUUGAUGGUUUUCAAGUAUUCUACUCUUUUGUGUUAAUUAGAAAUAUAUGAGCUUUAUCUCAGGUAAGUAGACUGUUAAGUUUGUAACACAGGAUUGAUUUCUCUAUAACUUUAAGAUUCAAAUUUACAGGAGUGGAAAGCUUAGUAAUUAAAUCAAAUAAAAGUACUAAACUCAAAUUGCGGAUAAAAAGGGUGCAUUGUGGUUGAGAAGAUAUAAUUAUUGAAUAGAAGAUACUUGAAUGAGAUAUUGAUGUAGAUUCAAUAUGAUCUGCAGAUUUCUAACUAUUUUUGUUUUCAUAAUAUUGGCAAAGAUGGAACUUGCCUCUAUUUGACCUAGAUUAAGACUAAGAUUCAAUUUUCUAAUUUUUAAUCAAAUAAUGCUUCAAAUAAUGGCGGAGCUCUCUAUGUCUUAGGAGAUCAACCUCUUUUAAUUGAAAACAGUAUGAUUAUAAAUAAUAGAGCAAAUGUUGGAGGGGGUUUGUAUCUUCAAGAUUAAUUAUCAAUGAAUUAUGAAUAAACUCAUACAAUACUUUAGAAAAAUUCAGCUAUAUUAUACGGUAACAAUAUUGCUUCCAUUCCUGAAAGACUAUCAAUUCGAUUUAAGGAUGAACUGGCUAUUUUGAAUACAGUUAAUGAUGUAGACAAUUAAACAAUGAGAAUUGAUGAAAUUACGGUUUAACCAUUUUAACUUAUCAAUGGUGAGUAAUCGAAAUAUGUUUAAUUGCCAACAGGGCAAUCGAUAUCUAAAUAUCAAUUUUUUGAUUGGAAGAAUUAAGUAUUCAUAAAUGGUAAGAUGAUAUUUAGAAUAUAAACAUUAAAUAGAGAUCUGACAAUCAAUCUUAAUCCAACUAUUGAAAAAUCAAUAUGUACGAUUAAGAGCAGAGAAUAUAAUAUUUCUAAAGAAGAUGAGGAUUAACUAUUCACUAAUAAUUACACAAAUAUUAACUCAAUUAAAUUUAAUUCAGAUACUUUAGACUAUAAUUUAGAUGAAUUAAUUGUGUAUUUUAAUAAUGAAGUACCAGAUGAAAUUGUACUUCAACUAGAAUUUAUGUGUGAGGCAAUUAAAGUGCCUAUUUUUGAUUUAGAAUAUCCUUAUUUUGUUGAAAGUUAUCAUGAUAACUAUAAACUUAGAAUUAAUGUUAAGACUUUCCAAUGUCAAUUUGGGGAAAUCAAAAACAUAACAAACUUCUCUUGUGAGCAAUGUGAUUCAACUCAAGGACUCUAUUCAUUAGCAGUGAAUGCAUUAAAGUGUGAUGUAAAAGAUGAUAGAUCUUCUAUUGCUGUUUAAAAUAACUAAAUACAAUUAAGGAAUGGAUAUUGGAGACCACAUUUUGAUACCAAAUUAAUCAGUUAUUGCAUUAAUUUACCAAUUAAUUGCAAUGGUGGAUGGAAUGAAGGUGAUACUUCUUGUUAUACUGGACAUCUAGGAGCACUUUGUGAAUAAUGUGAUCUAUACAACAUCAGAGGAGAUGGUUCAUUUUCAAUGAAUGAACUAUACAUCUGUGGAACUUGUUUGGAUUAAGGCAGAAAUGUAAUAAUGAUUGUAGGUGUCAUUAUCUUGACUAUGAUCUUUAUUUUUAUCUCAGUUUCUGGUAACAUAAAAAUUGUUGAGUAGCACACUCGCUGUUAACCAUUCAAAAACAUGAGAAUCUCAAACUUUUUAAAUAAAGCAUAGUCAGGUAUAUUGAUUAAGAUGUUAACAACUUACCUCUAAAUCAUCGUUACCAUUACUACAUUUUAACUUAAUUUUCCUAAAGAAUUGAAUCGUACCAUAUCUGCAGUAGGAAAUCCUUUAUAAACAGUUACUUAUUCCCUUGAUUGCUUUUUAGUCAAUAUAAUUCAUGUGGAUAUUCAAUAUAGUAGGAUGAUAUGGCAAAUCAUCAUGCCUUUUCUGUAUAUUAAUUUCUUUCUGGGCUUCUAUUUGAUGGCAGCUCAUUUUAAAUUAGCAUCCUACAACUCCAGUGUUCCCACUACAUCCUUGAUUUAUGGGUACCUUUAUUUCUCUCCCAAUUUAACUGAUGGCUUAGUUCAAUUAGCAUCUUAUAGGUAAAUUUCAGGAUUUAAAUGGAUUCAGGCCAAUGUAUCAGAACGGUAUGAUACUAUUAUUCAUUUAAAAUGGAUGAUUUAUCUCUGUCUACCUUUUUUACUAAUUUUGGUUAUCUUAAUUCCAGUCUAUUUAUUUUAUGGACUUUAUAAAUGCAGAAGGGUUUAAGAUCAAAGAUCUACUCGACUUCAUUGGGGUUAUUUAUAUCAUGAAUACAAAGAAGAAACCUACUAUUGGGAAUUAAUAAAGAUCGUUUAAAAAGAAUUAAUCAUCUUAUCUCUUAUUUAUUAUUAGGACAGCAUAGCGGUUAAAGGUAUCUUAGUACUUUUUAUCACUUACCUCUAUUAAGAACUCAAUAGCAAUUACAGGCCCUACAAAUUAAGUAGUCUCAACAAAUUAGAUUAUUAUUCUGCUAACAUAUGUAUGAUUACUAUCAGCUUAGCCAUUGGGGCAUAUAUAUCCUAAUCUUCAGAUAUAUCUGGACUUUAAAUAUUAUUUUUUAUCUUGAUGGCCCUCUUUAAUUUUCUUUUCCUUUAUAAGAUAAUUACUAAAAUUAUAGCAGAGUAUUCAAAGGCUUAUCAAUUUGCUUUGGAUAAAUUAAAAGAAAUACUUAAAUCAAAAUUACCAAAUUUGUAGCACUCAAGAUAUUUCAAGAACCUAUUAAAAAACAAAGCCUAAGAAAAGGAAAGAGUUUAAAAAGCAUUCAAAAAAUUAAGAGUAUUUGGAAUCUCUUUGGCAAAACGAAUAAUUGAAUAAAAAAAUUAAUCAUUUGAAAAUUACAAAAGAUUUAGAAUAAGCGAAAUUAUUGAUUCUGAAGGGUAUUAGAGAAAAGAGACCAAGCUAGAUCUUCAAGAAUCUGAUAAAGUGACUAUGCAAAGAUUUCUUUAGAGUAGCCAUUACUGA